CACAUGACACCCUAGUUCAGGGGUGGGCAACCUUUUUCUAUCAAGGGCCGCAUUUAAACAAAAUUUAGGAAUGGGGGGCGGCAUAUGUAUAUUUAAAAUAUAUUUCCAACUUAGAAAAAUACGCUAGAUGUCUAUCAAUUGACAUGUAGGUCUAUACAGUCUUAAACGUUUACAUUUUUUAAAACUACCAAUUGAGGAAUCACAAUAAGAGUUUGCAUGGGGCUGAGAAUGGACUUGAGAUGGUAAAGGUUCCUUCCUCCAGUCACUGACUUAAGGGUGGAUUCAGUCACAGGAAUGCAAAAGGAUCAAAACACGAACAGGUGCAGCACCAAGGAGGCUAACAGUAAUUCAGAUCCAGUUUUGGAUUGUUUACCAAACACAUGACUGUUGUUACCGGUCACUGACUUGAAGCACCAAACUGCUGGUCGACAACUAUACCGAUGUGAAGGUCAGAUUGGGACGAUCCCUGAACCUGAAAAUAUAAGGGGGAGCAAGAAUGAAUUGAAUGCUUAUAACAAGACAGAAAUAAUCAUCCUCAAUGAGAGUCGGAAACCCUCUAAUAGAAAAGUGCUGCUCACAAUGUUUACACAAUCUGAACAACGCAAUGUCAAACAAAGACAUAUUCACCAUAAUUUACGUCUACAUAGAGCAUCCAGAUGUAUUACAAUAACAUCCCUUGUUCUCAGCUUGAUAGCAGUUGUUUUUGUUGCAAAUUUCCCUAAGAGAGCUCAUUCUAGUGAUGGGAAUUUCUACAAGAUCUACGACGAAUUGCAGGAAAAGAUCAUAGAAGAGAUGACCAAGUUUUUAGUUGAGCGCCACAAACUCAAACAAAAGAAAUAUGAAAUGAUGAUGAGAUUCAAACAUACGCCUGUCAGUGCACACAUCUCUCUUUCUGGCGCAGUCAGAAUACCCGCUUCUGAGGAUAAACCAGAAUCCAGUGUGCUUGUUAGAAAAAACAUAGACUCACUAGAUCAUGCAAGAGGUGUCAAGGUCGACAAGGACGGACUAGUCAUUUUGCAUUCAGGCCUGUACUUUGUUCACGCCAGUGUUACUCCAGAAUUUUCCUCUAGAGUUGCCUAUACGACCUGGUCCAUGUACAUCUAUAAAAUGCGACGAAACAGCCAAGCUCGUACUAUAAAGCUGACUGAUACUGCCCACACUUUCCUGAGCUGGACUAACAGUCAGAACACGGGUUACUCAGCUGGAGUUUUUAAACUUGAAGCUGGAGAAAAGCUACAAUUGCGUCUGACAGGUCAAUCUCCUAUUGCUUGUGAUGAAAGGUCAACCUUUCUCGGACUAUUUAUGCUGACCAGCUCUUCUAGCUACCAGAAAUAGGGUUUUAAUGCGAAGUAUCAAAGAAAGAUAUACUUAAUAGUAUUUAAUUGUAAAUCAAUUUCUUAUUGAAACCUUGCUAGGUGUAUAUAUUUAAAAACUAAAUUGUUUGUAGUCAUUAAUGAUUAUUUCAUUGAAUUGUAAUGGUGACUAAGACUAAUACUAUUUUAUUGAUUCUUAUUUGAAAUUUGUUGUGAAUGUAAGGGCAUCUUCUUUGUACUAAAAACAACAACAUUCUACACAAGAGGACAGACACAGAAUGACUUGACUAAGUCUGUUACAAGUCGAUACUGUGACCUAACUCGGCUAGUUUUGAGAAGCCCAGUCAGGUCAGAGAUGACCAGAGUAAACAAGUUAAUUAUAGUCAUCCAAUCAAAGAAAGAGGUUAAGGGAUAAAAUAGCAGACGUCAGCUUCGAGAAGGUCACAGUUCAUAAAAUAAUUAGGGGAGAAAUUUCUAUGAUUCUGGAAAGUACGAUUCAGAAAGUAUAAAUUACGAGAAAUUUAGUUAAUAGGGGUACUAGCAUUUUAACGAUUUUUGAUAGUAACGGUCUGAUGUUUAAACGUUUGCGGGUCCAGUAGUUGAAGUUACUUAAAUUGAAUUUGUAUGAUAAAAUUAUUUCAGUAAUUAGAUAUAUCAGUUAAAGUUGUUGUACAUUUAAGUAAAGUUAUUGAAUUGAGAAUUUACUUCUGUGUGUAAUUUGGAGAAAGUUUAUUAAAUAAGUUAAAAGAGAACACUGAUGUUUCUUUAGUGUAUUAUGAAAUUUUUCAUAUAAUCUUCAGCGUGAUGAUUCUGUUUGAACCGUAACUAAUAUUAGAAGAAAUAUUCACUUUCAAAGACAGUUUGUGUCAAACACAAACUCAAAAUCGGCCCAGAAGUUUUCCACCUAGAGCAGUGAUUCCCAAAGUGGUCUAUUUAUACCCCCAGGGAUCUACCAAGACUUCCAGGGGGUCUACAAGAGUGAAAAAAUGAAUUAAGGGUCAAUAAGUACAUCUCGUAGACCCCCAAUUCAUUUUUUUUCAGGAGUCCACGAUAAUGGAUUCCAUUUAAGAAGGUCCUGACUUUAAUUUAAUUUCACAUUAAUGGAAAUACCUCAUAAAUACAUACAUAUAUUGAUGAUUUGAACAUGUUUUUAAAAAUUUUAAUAGCUUACUUCAACGGCAUAAUUUCACCUUCUGUUAACUAAUAUUAACCAUGACCAAAUCUAAAAAGAAAUGAACAUAUUCUUGUGUUGAUUUUUGUAA